GGCAGCCGAAUUAGAAUUGCGUAAUGCGUCGUGACGUCAAACAGUCACAAGACUAGUAGAUACUGUCUAUGAUCGCUAGCGGCAGCAGACAACCGUAGUGAUCACCAUGGAGUUGAACGAUGGUCCCUGCUCUGUCCGGUUUGUUGGCACAGCCAGUGGAAGCAACUGAAUACUCGUAGACAGGUGUAAUUGCAUCUCUCCAUUGCUCUGGGAUUUCAGUGAAGAGAGCUUCAUCUGUGUGAACCUCGCAGGAUUCGGAUGUUUUGAGUGUCUCUGCAACAUUAACUAGCUCAUAGCACGCUAGCUGACAUCGACCGUGAGGUGCUAGCGACGCUGCGGAGCUCCCUAGCCAGCCCAUCGGCAGGUUAGUGAGAGCAGGAGGUCCCCGGGUGAUGUUGUCCGUAAUCUCUUACGGUAGACUGGUUGCCAGGGCUGUCAUCGGCGGUCUUUCCCAAACAGAUAGCCGCGAUUACAGCCUUGUCACGGCAAGUUUUGGAUUUGGGAAGGAUUUUCGCAAGGGGAUUCUGAAGAAAGGGAUGUGCUAUGGUGAUGACGCCUGCUUCAUUGCCCGACACAAAUCUGCCGAUGUAUUAGGUGUGGCAGAUGGUGUUGGCGGGUGGCGUGACUACGGCGUGGACCCCUCUCAGUUCUCGGGCACCCUGAUGAGGACGUGUGAGCGCCUGGUGAAGGAGGGCCGCUUCAUGCCCAGCAGCCCCGUGGGCAUCCUCACCACCGGCUACUACGAGCUCCUGCAGAACAAAGCUCCUCUCCUCGGCAGCAGCACGGCGUGUAUCGUGGUGCUGGACCGGCACAGCCACCGGCUGCACACGGCCAACCUGGGCGACUCCGGUUUCCUGGUGGUGCGCGGGGGCGAGGUGGUGCACCGCUCGGACGAGCAGCAGCACUACUUCAACACGCCCUUCCAGCUGUCCAUCGCACCGCCCGAGGCAGAGGGCUCCGUGCUCAGUGACAGUCCUGAGGCUGCAGACAGCUCGUCCUUCGACGUCCAGCUGGGUGACAUCAUCCUCACGGCCACAGACGGCCUCUUUGACAACAUGCCAGACUACAUGAUCCUGCAGGAACUCAAGAAGCUCAAGAACACCAACUACGAGAGCAUCCAGCAGACAGCGAAAAGCAUUGCUGAGCAGGCCCACGUUCUGGCUUAUGACCCAAACUACAUGUCUCCCUUUGCACAGUUUGCCUGUGACAACGGACUGAAUGUCCGAGGAGGGAAGCCAGAUGACAUCACGGUGUUGCUGUCCAUUGUGGCGGAGUACACAGACUAGCGGUGGUCAGGCGGCGCUAACCGCACUAACCCUCCGCUUCCUCUGGGCUCUGGCUCCACGCUGGACCAGCUUGUGGCCAUUCGACUGGUUUCCUGCAGGCAGGAUCUGGGACUACUGUUGGUCGUCGGCUCGUUCAGUCACGCAUUGUUUGGUAAUGCUAUCGUUUUUCGGCACACCCUCCAUCUCUUUUUUUUUUUUUUUUUUUUCCUCAGUUCACAUCCCACCCCACCCCACCCCACUCCACCUUACCUCACCGCACCACUCCGCCAUCACCCUGUCAUCCCUGUGGCCCCAUCCCAACCCUUGCCAAAGCUGAAGCUGGUCCCACCUGCAGUCUCGUGAAUCUCGUCUCACCUCUGAGAUAUGCAGAGAGAGGCGGGUCUGUAGGUUGGUCGGGGGUUGAGAGUGUGAGGAUGGCGGAGGUCGGCCCAUAGACCCACCCGAGUUUGAGUUCUGUUUUGGUUUUUAACAAAUGAAGGAGGAGCCAGAAGAGAAGCCCAGUCUGGAGGGAGGAGUCGCCAUGGAGACGGCCAUGUUGAUACGCAUCUAUGCAUGAAGGAACAGAGGACACAGAAUGUGGAGGGCUGAAAGGGAGAUAUCCUCAGAUAUGACAAAACAAAACGGCAAUGCCUUGGCUCGCUUACCCUCUUGCGUUUGAAAAAACACA